CCGCGCUGAAGUUAGAGGCCACACCUCUCUGCGCCCUAUUGGCUGAGGCUGGAGGGGCGGGGCGGGGCUGCGGGACAGAUGUGAACCUCUGGCUGUAGAGGAGAGCUGCAGGUUCCAGGCAGAGCUCAGAGAGGCAGCGCAGGGUGGGCGCCGGAUCUGGGGGCUCCUUUCGGGCUGUUCUGGAUUGGAUUUUGGGUUCUGGGAUGUUCCCCCCGGCGGUCUGGAGCGCUGAAGGACGCGUCUGAGCUGGAUGGUGCAGGUUCUGGUCUCCGCCUCGCUGCAUGGCUGAGGUCUGAGCUAGUCCGUUCUGCCUGUUCUGCUGGAGAACCAUGACUUCUCUCAGCGGGAGUAAGGAGCGGAGCGGAACCCGGAGCAGAAAGCACGGGAUGACGGACUGCUCCCCCACCAAAUCUGCCUCCUUCUCCCCGGAGGCCUGGUACCGGCGCGCAUGCGAGGAGUCUCGUGUGGGCCGACCGGCCCCUGAGGGGGCGGGGUCGUUUCCGAGCUCGUCUGGAACACCCUCCCCCUGUUCCGGGACGUCCUCCCCAGGCUCCUUCUCCGGCUCCCCUGGACCCACCUCCCCAGGGAUUGGCACUGGCUCUCCUGGCUCUCUGGGUGGUUCCCCGGGGUUCGGGACGGGCUCCCCGGCCUCUGGCAGUGGCAGCUCUCCUGGCUCAGACCGGGACAGGACCGUGUGGUGUGAAAACUGCACCGCCCGCCUGGUGGAGCUGAAGAGGCAGGCGUUAAAGCUCCUCAUACCUGGACCUUACGCCAGCAAGGACCCAUCGCUCUCUCUGCUGCUGCAUGACAAGCUGCAGGUGCCCAGCAGCCCGCGGAAGGCGUGGAACGAGCACGAGAGCCGCUGUGACGUUUGCUCCACCCACCUGAGUCAGCUGAAGCAGGAGGCCGUGCACAUGGUGCUGACACUCGACCAGUGUGACCUUUCACCUGGAUCCCCGCCUUCCCUCGCCUCGCUGGGUGGGCCACGCGGCGUCCAGCAAGGUCCGACUCCGCCUCGGGACUGGACUUUCCUGCCCUACCACUCGCCUGCCUCUAAUGGCUCCGCCUCCAACGGCUCCACCCCCUGCAGCCCCCACCACCUGAACCAGAAGCACGGCCCCAAGCCCAGCAGCCUGGGGGUCGGCACUGGCCCGGACAGGAAGGGCGGUUCUCCUGGACACGCUAACAAACCCGCCGGACCACCGGUGCCACACCCACCCACCAGCCCUAAUAAUGUCAGCGCUGGACCACCGCAGACACAUUCGCACCUCGAGGGCAUGUCGUCACCUGCAGCACACCUGUCCCGCACUAACGGAGUCACCUUGUACCCCUGUCAGGGUUCUCCGAUGGUGCCAGAGGGAACCCGGGAAGGUUUGACUGAAGCUGCGCUGAAUCGCUUUAACACCGAGCGUCCGGCGUCCCACGGCAGCCCUGCUCCCGCCCCACCGGCCCCGUCCACCACAGCGCCCUCCAGUGGAACCUCCGCUGCUGCCUCGUUCUUUGCCAGAGCCGCUCAGAAGCUGAACCUCUCCUCUAAGAAGAAGAAGCAGCGUCCGGUGCCCCCGGUGGCGUGUGACCCUCCACUCUUCCCCACCAAUUUCAGUGGAAUCCUGCAAGUUUCGCCACCCCCGGCCCCGCCAUGCCUGCUCCGAGCCAUCAGCAAGGUCCGAGACAACCCCGGCCUGGGCAAGGUGAAGGUGAUGCUUCGUGUGUGUCCUGUCUCUCCGGCUGAUUCGGAGUCCAGCUCCUUCCUGAAGGUCGACUCUCGUAAGAAACAAGUAACCAUCAUGGACCCUGCGGCCAACACCCAGCAGAACCCCGCCCAGAAACGCCCCGCCUCCAACCAGGCUCCGCCCAAAAUGUUCGCCUUUGACGCUGCCUUCUCCCAUGAUGCCUCACAGGCGGAGGUGUGUGCAGGGACGGUGGCGGAGGUGAUCCAGUCGGUGGUGAAUGGAGCGGAUGGCUGCGUGUUCUGCUUUGGACACUCCAAACUGGGAAAGUCCUACACCAUGAUCGGAAAAGACGACUCCAUGCAGAACCUGGGGAUCAUCCCUUGUGCCAUCUCUUGGCUCUUCAAGAUCAUUAACGAGCGGAAGGAGAAGACCGGGGCGCGGUUCUCCGUCCGCGUAUCAGCUGUGGAGGUGUGGGGUAAAGAUGAGAACCUGAAGGACCUGCUGUCUGAGGUGGCCACAGGCAGCCUGCAGGACGGACAGUCGCCCGGAGUCUAUCUCUGUGAGGACCCCAUCUGUGGCAUGCAGCUGCAGAAUCAGAGUGAGCUGAGAGCUCCCACAGCAGAGAAAGCCGCUUUCUUCCUGGACGCAGCCAUCGCCUCCCGCUACAGCAGCCGGCCGGACUACGACGAGGAGGAGCACCGGAACUCCCACAUGCUGUUCACCCUCCACAUUUACCAGUACCGCAUGGAGAAAACCGGCAAGGGAGGCAUGUCUGGCGGUCGGAGUCGUCUGCACCUCAUUGAUCUGGGCAGCUGUGUGAGAGUCCUCAGUAAAACCCGGGACAGCACGGCUGGACUCUGCCUGUCCCUCUCCGCACUGGGCAACGUUAUUCUGGCUCUGGUCAAUGGCAGCAAACACAUCCCUUACAAGGACAGUAAGCUGACCAUGCUGCUGAGAGAGUCCCUGGGGAACAUGAAUUGCCGGACCACCAUGAUAGCCCACAUAUCCUCUUCACCCAGCAACUUCUCGGAGACACUGUCUACUCUUCAGAUUGCUUCUCGAGUGCUCAGGAUGAAGAAGAAGAAGGCUAAAGUAAGCGUGCAAUACACAUCCAGUUCCUCUGGUGGGGAGAGCUCGUGUGAAGAGGGGAGGAUGAGACGCCCAACCCAGCUCAGAACUAUCCAUUCCAGGAACGUUGUAGACUCCGAAAUGCCUCUGUUGCACCUCUCCAGUGAUCCUGAUGACUAUUCCAGCAGUGAGCAGUCCUGCGACACCGUGAUCUACGUUGGUCCUAAUGGUUCAGCCCUUUCAGACAAGGAGCUAACAGACAAUGAAGGUCCUCCAGAGUUUGUGCCAAUAAUCCCAUCUAUCCAUAAGAAUAAGGCUGACCAAAGCAAUGCUGCGGCAGCACCUGAGCAGCUGCAGGCGGUUUCAGCCUUAAUCCAGUCUUCACAACCUCUCCAGCCUCUACAGCCUCUGCAAGCCCUUCAUUCACAGCCACUUCCGCCUGUGCCUGAAGAGGGCGCCGAGUCCGGGAAGCAGGAGAAGGACUGUCUCAAAUGCAACACGUUUGCCGAGCUGCAAGAGAGACUGGAGUGCAUUGAUGGAAGCGAAGAGGUAAAUAAGUUUCCUUUUGAAGAAGUCUCUACCAGCAGAGUUCCUAAAAUUGAGCCUCUUUCAGCUCGAAGCCAAGAGGUUAAAGGAUGUUCUCCCAAGAGAAUCUCUAAUGACCAGCAACUUGAGGAGAUCCGAGAGGUGGUAGAAGAAGCAGAAAUCGCACAGUCCAUUAUAGAAAGCCUGACACAGUCUUCGAUAAACAGUUGUGCACUCUCCACCAGCCGGAGCGUGACUGGUAGCAGUGGUGUUGGACAGCUCACUCCCCUUCAGAGAACCAAGAGCUCCAGUCUGCAUGACAGCAGGGAGUCCAUUAGUGGAGGUAGCAGCAGUGAAAGCAAACCUCGUCCUAUGGGUUCUCCAAGGCUAGGAAUCGCCAGCCUGACCAAAACAUCCGAAUACAAACCUCCCUCUUCUCCAUCCCAGCGCUGCAAAGUGUACACUCAGAAAGGAGUAAUGCCUGGCACGCCGCCCCAUUCCUCCCAGAGCCUGCACAGAGAUUCAGGAAAAUCAUCCACUGAAUCUUUGCUUCAGGCUGAGUCUAGGACAUCUCCUGUGGGCAUGAGCCCUCAGGUACUGAAGCGUUCCUCUUCCUCUAACAGUUUGGGAUCAGCAGAGACACUAUGUGAUGAUGUGCCUCAGCUACCUUUGGACAGCAAGAAGAGCACCACAGUCACCUUGCAGCAGCCUUUGGAGCCAAAUGGCAAAGAUGAGUUAGUGUUCACUCUGGUGGAAGAGCUGACAGUCAGUGGAGUGAUGGAAAACGGCAGGCCAACCAGUAUCAUUAGCUUUAACAGUGACUGCUCACUACAAGCUUUAGCAUCGGGUUCACGGCCGGUCAGCAUCAUCAGCAGUAUAAGUGAGGACCUGGAGUGCUACACCAGUGCAGUCUCCACUACCACUGCUACCAUCUCAGAAGCCAACAUUGCUAAGUUCCUGCCUCUCAGCACGGUUGAAGGGGAAGUGCUAGCCAGCCGACGGUCUUCCAUCAGUUCUUGGCUUAGUGAGAUGAGCACAGGCAGUGAUGGAGAACAGUCUUGCCAUAGCUUUGUUGCACAGCAGUGCUUUGGGCAAAAUGAGGCAUUAGCUGAGGCUCAACUUCUGGAAAUUCAAGAGGAAGGGGAAACUGAUGAGCUCACAGAGCAAAGCAUCCAAGAAAGUGAAAGUGAUCGAUCCAGUGAUGUGAAUGACAAGGGAACUCCAACCCGUGACAAAAUGGGCAAGAUGUCUCUUAUGAUGGCAAAAACAGCUGUCACCAUUUCUAGUGUUCAAACUUCAUGUACGUCGAGUGGCUUUAUCCCUUUCAAGACUAAUAUCACAGUUCAGCCUUGUGUUGUUGUAAAGCCGAUUGUUCAGGAUCCACCCUGUGUAUCUUCACCUACCAAAAACUCGUCACUCAAAGAUCCCAAAUCCCCACCAGUUUCCAUCUCGAGUGAGAUCGACUUCGAUGAUCCUUGGAUGAAAAGGGAGAGUGGAGAGGAGUCCAAACCUAAGGAACUUGUCUGUGAGGUAAAACCAGAGAAGAGGACAUCUGAUUCUGUGAAGAGCAAAUGUCUGCUUGACAGAAACAGCUCAAGCAGUGGUGAAGCAGCGUGCUCUCCGGAUUCCUUCAAGAGAGUAGUGGAUGGCUGUGAAAUGGUUGUCUGUGCCUCAGAAAGUGUCACUCCAGUGUAUUCAGCAGACAUCCUCAGGACUGGCAGCCUUCCUAGGGGAUGGCAUCGCAUCAACAAGCAGGAUGGCCUGGAUGAUCCUUCCUAUCGCUUCACAAGUGGAGAAUAUAAAAGUCUUGGCGUUACUACAUCUACACCCUGCAGUCCUCGAGCCACUCUGGAGAGGAGAGGCUCAUCUGGAAGGCAGGGAUUCUUCACCCGACAGAAGGGAAUCCCACCCCUUCCACCCGUGAGGAAGUCGAGUCUUGACCAGAGAAACAGAGCCAGUCCACAGCAUAAUCCAGCAGGAAACCAGGCUACAAUCCAGUACAUGUCUUUCCUGGGCAGUACACCUGAAGACCUGGGUGGCAAUGGAAAACAGAAAGGAGCAAAUUUGGAGAGUAGCAGACUCUUCAGUGCCAAACUUGAGCAGUUGGCAAAUAGGACCAACUCCCUCGGGAGAUCUCAUGGAGCUCAUUAUGACUGCCGUUCCCUGGAGAGAGCGGAGAGCCUGACCUCUGUGGGCUCUAAAGCAGGUGUAGCAAGAGAUAGUACCAUGCCUAGAGCUGGCAGGAGCAUCACCCGCAGCUCCAUCUCUUCUCCUACCAAUGGACCAAAUGGAAACAACAAUAUAACCCAGUCACCCAAAGCCAGCCAAUCCAAAAUCUCAGCAGUUAGCAAACUCCUUAUGGCCAGCCCCAAAGCCCGAAGCCUUUCAACUUCUAGCACUAAGACUUUAAGCUUCUCCACCAAGUCUCUUCCUCAGUCAGUGAACAGGAGCUCCAGCCUGCCACCUAAUGGAAAGAACCCAAACCAGAAUUCCUGGUCAACACAGUCCCUCAGCCGCAGCAGGGGAUCAGGACUUGCCUCAAAGCUGCCUCUCAGGGCUGUAAAUGGACGAAUCUCAGAGCUGCUGCAAGGCAGCGGCAGCGCCCGAGGUGGCAACAGCCGCGGUGCCUCAGAUACAGAUGAAAGAGGAGGAACACUCCAUGGAGAGGACAGACCAGUGGUCCAUACACUUCCCUCCCCAUACAGCAAGAUCACUGCCCCACGACGGCCCCAUCGCUGCAGCAGUGGCCAUGCCAGCGACAACAGCAGUGUGCUUAGUGGAGAACUGCCACCAGCGAUGGGCAAGACAGCUCUGUUCUACCACAGUGGGGGCAGCAGUGGCUAUGAGAGCAUGAUACGUGACAGUGAGGCCACUGGAAGCACAUCCUCAGCUCAGGAUUCUAUGAGUGAAAACAGCAGCUCAGUCAGCGGACGCAGGAGUCUGAAAAAUUCAAAGAAAAGGAACAAUACUGGGACUCAGAGACGCCGCCUGAUUCCUAACCUGACCCUGGACACCACCUCCCCUGUGAGGAAGCCAAUCAUCAGCCCUGGAGUCCGCUGGGUGGACGGUCCACUGCGACCCAGCCAGAGAGGCCUGACUGAACCCUUUGAGAUCAAGGUUUAUGAAAUCGAUGAUGUUGAACGUCUUCAGAGGAGACGAGCUGCCGGCAAUAAGGAACUGGUGUAUUUCAGCGCUAAGCUGAAGAUCCUGGAGCAUCGGCAGCAGAGGAUCUCUGAGGUUCGGGCCAAAUACGAUUGGCUGAAGAAGGAACUGGAGCAGACCAAACAGCAUCUGAUGCUGGAGCCUGAAAAAUGGACCACUGAAUUUGACCUUCAGCAGACGUUUGAGGUGGACUCUCUGGAGUACCUGGAGGCGCUGGAGUUUGUGACGGAGCGGCUGGAGAACCGGGUCAAUUUCUGCAAAGCCCACCUGAUGAUGAUCACCUGCUUUGACAUCACCUGCCGGCGGCGGUAGAGCAGAACGUUCCGGUUUCUGGGUUGGUGAGGAUCAUGGGAAGUCAGAAGAAGCUUUAGGGUGUGCGUGGGUGUGAGCGCCACUGGGACGACGGCCGAAACAAACGAGAACUAAAAAAAUGAAUAAAUAAAAGACUUUGUAUUUUUCUAAAGUGGAUUUUUGGGUGAUGGGAGGGUCAUAAAGGACCGAGGAAAGUAAAAUCCCCCAAAACACUACGAAAACAGGACUGGACAGCACUUUCAUCACCGAGCGUUAGCCGUUAGCCGUUAGCGGUUAGCGGUUGUAAAUACGGUUUUGCUUGCUUGCUUUUGAUCAAGGCCUGACGGGAGGCGUACACUGCCACGCGAGUGAAAAGAAAAACAAACAGAGCGAAAAAAGAAGAUGAAAAAGGACAACAAGUGCCUUGUGACCAAUUCAGUAUCUUAACGACUUUAUGUAUUCGUGUACAGAAGGUGCUAGAAUAAACACCCGUAGAUUAAAAGAAGAAAAACAGUAACGCGUGAAAAGGCCGGUGAAAGCGGCUCGUGAGUUCAGUGUUUCUCUCUGUCUGGGGUAUUUGUACUCGUAUUGUUAUACUCUCGGUAAACGCAACGUUACGUGUAUGUUUUCUAUUAUUUUUUCUAUUUUGAAGACAAAGAGGCCACACAGAGCGGAGCGCGCUCGAAGAGCCGUCGCUGCCAGAGAUCAGGGGAACGCAGCUCGUUGAUCUCCUGUGGUCGCGCUGACCUGUGCAGCAGUGUAGGGCCUUAGGCUGGACCAUUAGAGGCAGCGGGGGGCUGAAACGAAGCCGGCCACAGGGACCACCUAAGCGAUGGACCCGUGCUGUACCUAUGCAGGUUGAUUUCUGCUGCUUCCGGCGACUUUUACAAACCUUUGUCCUCAAAAAAGCCACGAUCGAACCCUCAGAUUCACCAGAAUGAGAGCCCCCCUCCGCUCGGUGUGGUCUCCGUGUCGCGGUGCAUACGACUUUGUUAAAACCUGAAAGGAAACCUGUUUAUAUGGUGCUUGAGGCAGUUUCAGCUCUAAAUGUUUCUAUCUAAAUACUAUAGCCUGUUUCUGAUACUAACUGAAGACUGUACACCCGUCUCUCCGUCUCUCCUCGCCCUCCACGCCUGGGGAGGUCACACUCUUUGAUCUUUGCCCUUCUGGCCGUGUAACGAAUGAAGGACGAUAUUUAUUUUCUAACCUCAGGAGGCCUGAACGACAGAGUUGCUUAAAGUAUAUAAUUUAUUAUUUACGCAUAACCACAAAAUACUAUGCAUUUAAACUGUACAGUAGUGAAUCCAUGUCAUAUAUAAAUAUAUACAUAUAUAUUCCUCUUCUGUUCCUUUUCUAUACGAGUCGCUGUUUUUGUUUUGCUUUUUUUCUUUUUUGCACCAGUCGCCAAACGGUGGGAGAUCAUGAGUAUGAAUAUGAUUAUGAAUGUUGAUGGUACGUUGGUUUCGCUCCUGGUUGAUCAUCUAUUGCAGCUUUUAGCGCUAGUAACCAAUAAAAUCUGUCGUGCAGAAAUGAUCGAAAUUCUCAUUCUGAAUAUCAAAAUCUAAUUUAAUUCAUAAUCAGAUGUUUUCACAAUUCCUACGUCAUUAGAACAGCAGGAUCAGUUUUCACGCUCAGAACGUAAUUAAAUCUAAUGCUGGCUGAAUUUUCGAGCACAGAUCCGACAGAUUUGAACAUCAGUUUGUGGUGAUUUCAUUUCUGCUUGUUAGACAUUUGAGACAUUUUGAAUUCAGCAAAUAAGCGUUGUUUUUCAGGAAUGACGCAUUGGGGAAAAGCCGUUUUCACUAGUGAUAAGGAACUGAAAUCAGGCUGAAACGUAACCCCUAAAUAUUUGAAUUUGGACGUGAGAAUCUGAGUUGUAGAUGAAAUCUGCUGCAGCGACAGUGAUGAGAUCUUUACCAGUUUGCCGGUUGAAAGCUGAGGCUCUGAGCUGUGAUCCUGUCUGACGUCCAUGUACUGCAGUGUUUCAUCAUCAUGGCUCUGCGUGUCCAGGCGUUCCUGGGCUGAAGGCUGAAGCGCCGCGGGACGCUCGGGGGAGGAACCCUGUCUGUUGAUGCUCCUUUUUUUCUGCUGGAGUUGUUGUGUUGGCAGAACGUUGAUCAGGCGUGAAGCUGUUUCUCAUCACGCCACGUUUUGGUCACUGUAAUCAUGUCUGGACUGGAGGAGACGGUCAGCUCGGCGCUCCGUGGUGUUUCCGAGGAGAUGAACAGUGCAGCAAUGUCAGUGUUUGUGUCCUGUUGGGAAGGCGUUCCGGUCGGAAUGGGGCUCUGAAUGACGGAUGAUGGUCUGAUGUAAAUAAAGAAUGUUUAUGAAGUGG